GAAGUAUCCAAAACCAAACCUAAAAGCCCUAGAAGCCAACAUUAUACAACCAUCUCCCACUUUCACUUCUGAACAACUCCCGCUCUCUCGAUCUUCUUCCUCCUCCUCGUCACUUCUUCAAGAUCCAGAUCGCUUUCAACCAAUCAAAGGAUCGAACAUGUCUGUGCGGGUUCUGAACCCUAAUGCCGAAGUGCUGAACAAAUCAGCCGCACUUCACAUGAACAUCAACGCCGCCAAGGGUUUACAGGAUGUUCUCAAGAGCAAUCUCGGCCCUAAAGGCACUAUUAAGAUGCUUGUUGGAGGAGCUGGAGAUAUUAAGUUAACUAAGGAUGGCAACACUUUAUUGAAAGAAAUGCAAAUUCAAAAUCCAACUGCCAUUAUGAUUGCAAGAACCGCUGUUGCCCAAGAUGAUACUAGUGGUGAUGGAACAACUUCUACAGUCAUUUUUAUUGGGGAGCUAAUGAAACAGGCUGAGCGUUGCAUUGAUGAAGGGAUGCAUCCACGGGUUGUGGUUGAUGGUUUUGAAAUCGCCAAGAAGGCCACACUAGAAUUUCUCGAAAAGUUCAAGACUCCUGUAGUGAUGGGUGAUGGACCUGAUAAAGAGAUGCUAAAAAUGGUAGCAAGAACAACAUUAAGAACUAAGUUAUAUGAAGCUUUAGCAGAUCAAUUAACGGACAUAGUUGUGAACUCGGUUCUCUGUAUCCGCAAGCCUGAAGAACCUAUUGAUCUUUUUAUGGUUGAGAUUAUGCACAUGCGCCAUAAGUUUGAUGUAGACACUCGUUUGGUUGAGGGCCUUGUUCUUGAUCAUGGGUCCAGACAUCCCGAUAUGAAAAGGCGAGCAGAGAAUUGUCACAUCUUGACCUGUAACGUAUCAUUGGAAUACGAGAAAAGUGAAAUAAAUGCUGGAUUUUUCUACUCAAAUGCGGAACAGAGAGAAGCAAUGGUUGCUGCGGAGAGACGUUCUGUUGACGAGAGAGUGAGAAAAAUCAUUGCUCUCAAAAACAAGGUGUGUAAUGGUACCGAAGACAACUUUGUUGUUAUCAAUCAGAAAGGAAUCGAUCCUCCUUCGUUGGAUCUUCUUGCUAAGGCAGGGAUAGUUGCUCUUCGAAGGGCAAAAAGGAGAAACAUGGAACGUUUGGUUUUGGCAUGUGGCGGGGAAGCUGUGAACUCUGUGGACGACCUAACCGCCGAUUGCCUCGGUUGGGCAGGACUGGUCUACGAGCAUGUUCUUGGGGAAGAGAAGUAUACGUUUGUUGAGAAUGUGAAGCAUCCUAAUUCUUGUACAAUUUUAAUUAAAGGACCAAAUGACCACACUAUUGCGCAAAUCAAGGAUGCUGUUAGGGAUGGCCUGCGAGCAGUCAAAAAUACAAUUGAAGACGAGGCAGUUGUUAGAGGUGCUGGUGCUUUUGAGGUUGCAGCUCGACAACAUUUGGUUAAUGUAGUGAAAAAAACUGUUAAAGGGCGUGCUCAACUUGGGGUUCAAGCUUUUGCGGAUGCCCUCCUUAUCGUGCCAAAGACACUGGCUGAAAAUUCUGGACUUGACACGCAAGACGUUAUAAUUUCUUUGACUGGAGAGCAUGACAGCGGGAAUGUUGUUGGACUAAAUCAACACACGGGGGAUCCAAUCGACCCUGAGAUGGAGGGCAUUUUUGACAACUAUGCUGUCAAGCGCCAACUCAUCAACUCAGGCCCGGUGAUUGCUUCGCAGCUGCUCCUUGUGGAUGAAGUGAUUCGUGCAGGCCGUAACAUGCGAAAACCAACUUAAAUUGUUUGUUGCUGCAGGCUAUUAUAACAUGGUCCCAAAAAGAUUUUGUUUUGAGAUUUUGACCAAGGUGUCAGUUGUGUGUAGACAGCUAAGCUAUUUGCUUUUGUACUAUUUUUGAGGUGUUACGUUUUAAGUUUAAGCUUAUGCUGCAAUGGAAACACAGUUCUGCUGGGUCCACUGCAAUAUUCAAAAAAAAAAAAAAACCAAGAGAUUAACUAUUCAUGUGCUUACAAGUUGUAACACAAUAGAUGAGUUUGCCUUUAUAA